AUGAAUAACCCUCGUCAAUAUAAAAUACCAGACUGGUUUUUAAACAGACAGAGAGAUAUUAAAGACGGUAAAUUCUCCCAGAUCUUGUCUAACGGUUUAGAUAACAAACUUCGAGAAGAUUUAGAAAGACUGAAGAAAAUCCGAGCCCACAGAGGUCUACGUCAUUACUGGGGUCUGAGAGUAAGAGGUCAAAGAACCAAGACUACCGGACGACGUGGUAGAACAGUUGGUGUGGCCAAGAAGAAGUAA